UGGCGCUGCUACGCCGUCAGUUUCAUAACCUGCCAAGAAGAAGCCGCGGAAGGGUCUUCAUCGUCAUGUCGCUGUCGUGCAGCCCCCUUCGUCUGUUCAGAGCUGUGACGCGUGGCUUCAGCAUCACCGCAGCCCGGGCACAGGGCACUGCCGCCAAGCAGAGAGACCUCAAGACGCAGAAUGAACAGAGAUCUGCAAAGUCCCGGGUGCAGUUUGAUUGGCGCGAUGCCUUCUGCCUGGACUCGCAGCUGACAGAGGAGGAAAUCAUGAUACGGGACAGCUUCCGCUCUUACUGCCAGGAGAGGCUCAUGCCGCGGAUUUUGAUGGCGAACCGUCAGGAAGUGUUUGACCGGGAGAUUAUAUCGGAGAUGGGAGGAUUGGGUGUCCUGGGGUCCACUAUUAAAGGUUACGGCUGUGCCGGGACAUCGUAUGUGGCGUACGGGCUGCUGGCCAGAGAAGUGGAGAGGGUGGACAGCAGUUAUCGCUCCGUCAUGAGCGUUCAGUCCUCGCUGGUAAUGCAUCCGAUCUACGCGUACGGAACAGAGGAGCAGAAGCAAAAAUAUCUUCCUAGAUUGGCGAGAGGAGAGUUGCUCGGAUGUUUCGGCCUCACAGAACCAAAUCAUGGCAGUGACCCAUCUGGAAUGGAAACCAGAGCUAGAUACAAUCCAAGCAGCAAAACCUACACACUUAAUGGAUCCAAGACCUGGAUCACCAACUCUCCAAUCGCUGAUCUAUGUGUGGUUUGGGCUGUGUGUGAAGAUGGCAGAGUCCGAGGUUUCCUUAUAGAGAGAGGAACCAAAGGGCUGUCCACCCCAAAAAUAGAAGGCAAAUUCUCUCUACGGGCAUCAGCCACCGGAAUGAUCUUAAUGGAAGAUGUUGAAAUUCCAGAAGAAAACCUCCUCCCCAAUGUGUCAGGCAUGGGGGGACCCUUUGGUUGUCUCAAUAAUGCCCGUUAUGGAAUAUCUUGGGGGGCACUGGGUGCGGCAGAGUUCUGCUUCCAUACAGCACGACAGUAUACAUUGGAUAGGAUUCAGUUCGGUGUGCCACUUGCCAGAAACCAGCUUAUACAGAAGAAGAUGGCAGAUAUGCUGACAGAAAUCACCAUUGGCCUGCAGGCGUGUCUGCAACUUGGACGCCUGAAGGAUGAGGACAAAGCUACUCCAGAAAUGAUCUCCCUGCUGAAGAGGAAUUCGUGUGGAAAAGCGCUGGACAUUGCCCGUCAGGCCAGGGAUAUGCUGGGAGGAAAUGGGAUUUCUGAUGAAUACCAUAUCAUCAGACAUGUCAUGAACCUGGAGGCUGUAAACACGUAUGAAGGCACUCAUGACGUCCAUGCCUUAAUCCUGGGCAGAGCUAUCACGGGGCUGCAGGCCUUCACUGUUAACAAGUAAUCUGACUUCACUUCUGUACAGAACGAUGCAAUGCUGCAGCAGUUACUGAAUGUCUCUUGGGCCUGGAUUCCUGUUAUCAGAUUCUACACUCAUCAUUAGUCGAAGUUAGAAAAUUGGUUAUUUCUGGGGACUGGAGUGCUUGUCAGUCAGGACACAGUCCAUAUCACGUACUGCUUCUUAAGCUUCCAGUACAUGCAUUUCUCUCAUGCUGCUAUGUUUGUACACAGCUGAACACGUAGAGGCGGACCUGGUAUGGUUGGCAGUUUUCCAGCUAUGGAUUACAAAGAUGUGUGUUCUGGGGUUAUGUAAAAACUGAUAUGUCUGUUGCUUGAGCGUAAAGAUUGUCAGAACAGACAUGAAGAACUUUCUUACUGUAGAGUGAGAUCUCCUUAAAAAAAAAA